AUGCGCUCGAAAAUAUUUGAUGAUGCCGAGCUCGAACGACUACGACGUGAGGCCAUUCCCUCAUCGAAUGAAUUGGCUACGGCUGGGGAUGCGGCUCCUCAGGCGACAGACCAGCUGCCACGAGUAGAAGCCGCCAUGGAUCUUCCAGUUGUGGUUGAUUCAGACGAUGAUGAAAUGGUCUCCCACGAACUAGAGCAAAGAAAAAAACUAGAGUAUACUGGAAGAGGCGAUUUCGGAAACGCGCACCAUGCCUCUCGAAAAUCGACCGCGACUUCCCCGCAUACCCCUAAGCAAGCGAAAUCGGGCUGUCGUGAGGGCUCUUAA